AUGGCAACAAUUUCAACGCAACCAGCUGUCCUUUCUCCUCUAUCUGCUAAACCGAAUAUCCAACAGCAACAUUAUACAACUCCCUCAUCUUCCCCACCAUCAAAGAAGCCCAUAUAUGCUCGCUCAAUACCCGUAACGGCGAUCGAUCCCCGUGAUGCCAAUACUCCCGACAAGUGGAUUCCUCGACACCCUAAUCUUGUCCGUCUUACCGGCAAACAUCCAUUCAACUGCGAACCACCGCUAACUCAAUUAAUGGAACAAGGUUUUCUUACUCCCACUUCACUACAUUACGUACGUAAUCACGGGCCAGUGCCUCAUUUACAACGGGAGACGCAUCGCUUGGUUAUUGAAGGUUUGGUCAAAAAGACGCUAAGUUUCUCUAUGGACGAACUCGCUGCAAUGCCAUCCCGCUUAAUUCCCGUAACGCUCGUAUGCGCUGGAAACCGUCGGAAAGAACAAAACAUGGUCAAACAAUCGAUCGGUUUCAGCUGGGGCGCAGCAGCAGUUUCAACGGCAGUCUGGAAGGGUGUUCCUCUACGGCACAUUCUCAAGCUUGCCGGUGUCUCGCUUGAUGACGUUACUGCCGACUCCCCACGCUAUGUCUGGUUCCAUGGAGUCGACGUUCUACCCAAUGGAUACUAUGGAACUAGCCUAACUUUAGAAUGGGCCAUGAAUGAUGCAAUGGACGUGAUUUUAGCAUACGAGAUGAAUGGAGAACCAUUGUCACCUGAUCAUGGAUAUCCUUUGCGAGUCAUCAUACCCGGAGCUAUUGGUGGGCGGAUGGUAAAAUGGUUGGGAAAAAUCUCGGUUGCCGAUCGCGAGUCGGACAGUUAUUAUCAUUACCACGAUAACAGAGUGCUCCCACCAAACGUCGACAGCGAACGAGCAAACAAAGAAAACUGGUGGUAUAUCCCAGAUUACAUUAUAAACGAACUGAACAUCAACUCUGCAAUUAGCAGUCCGGCCCAUAAUGAAAAAAUUUACCUCUCAUCCUUUGUCAGCACAUCUUCCUACAAACUCCGUGGGUACGCAUAUUCCGGCGGCGGUCGCAAAAUCACGCGUGUAGAGAUUUCUCUCGACCAAGGACAAACCUGGUCACUCACCACUAUUACCCAUCCCGAACUGACUCACCCGCUGGUUCUCGCUCGUGGUCAUAAUCCUGUUCGCAAACACUGGUGUUGGUGCUUUUGGCAAUUGGACGUUGAUUUUAUGUCCUUGCUCAAAUGUCAAGAAAUAUGGGUCAGAGCAUGGGAUGCUGCGCAGAAUACUCAGCCGAGAGAUUUGACAUGGAACGUCAUGGGUAUGAUGAAUAAUUGUUAUUUCAAAGUCAAAGUGCAUACAAAGAUAGAAAAUAAGGAUGUAGUGGUAUCGUUUGAGCACCCGACACUGCCGGGAAACCAGGUUGGCGGAUGGAUGAAUAGGGAGCGUGUGGAUACCACAGCAGUAGAAAAAGUGAGCGUUGUCAAUAAUACCAAUGCAUCCAACGGAACGGCAAAAAGCAUAACAAUGAGUGAAGUUGCAAAGCACGAUAACGAAGAAGACUGUUGGAUUGUUGUCGAUGGUAAAGUCUACGAUUGCACCAAAUUCUUGGAUAAGCAUCCUGGUGGCGCAGAUAGUAUUGUUAUUAACGCUGGGACCAAUUGUUCGGACGAAUUCAAUGCAAUACAUUCCAAAAAGGCGAGAAACAUGCUAGCAGAUUAUUAUAUCGGAAAUCUGAUAACGGAGAAUAACGCUCCAUCCACGGCACCGCUUGUUACACCAAAGCCUGCUCUAUCCAUCCAGCCGUCUCUUUCGAAUUCGACUGCUCUAAACCCGAGGCUCUGGCUUCCUUGUCCUCUAAUCUCCAAGAAUCAUCUCUCGCAUGACACCCGAAUCUUUCGCUUUGCGCUGCCGUCGAAAGAUCAAAAGCUUGGCCUUCCGCCUGGGAAUCACGUAUUUAUCCGUGGAUUGGUCGAUGGCAAAAAUGUCAUUCGAGCUUACACGCCAAUUACGCGUCCUGAAGACAGUCCUGGAUAUUUUGAACUAUUGAUAAAAGUAUACUUUGCUAACGUCCAUCCCAGGUUUCCUAAUGGUGGAUUAAUGACACAGCAUUUGGAGAAGAUGAAAAUAGGAGAGACGAUCGACAUCAAAGGUCCGCUCGGUCAAUUCGUAUACGUUAGUGGUGGAAAUUAUGAAAUAAAAGAGGGCACCAAAGUAUCUCGGAGAUCAUGUAAAAAGAUUGGAUUGAUAGCUGGUGGUUCCGGGAUUACUCCUAUUUAUCAAAUAAUACAUGCUAUCAUCAAAGAUAAGAAUGACGACACUCAAGUCUCGCUGCUGUAUGCAAACCGAACUGAGCAAGAUAUCCUGCUUCGAGAUGAAUUGGAUGAUAUUGCUAAAAAGCAUAAUAAUGUCAAGGUGUGGUACACGUUAGAUGUGCCGCCUAGUGAUUGGAAAUAUAGUUCUGGGUAUAUAAAUGAGGACAUGAUACGUAACAAUUUGUUUGCACCUGAGGAGGGCGGGCAAAGUAUUGUUCUUAUGUGUGGCCCGCCUCCAAUGAUUCAACGAUGCUGUAUUCCUAAUUUGCUGAAGAUUGGGUUCAAAGAGAAUGAAUAUUUUGACUUUUGA